UUGUUUCAGGGUUCUUCUCACCAUAUUGCUGGUGUUGUCGUGACAGAGCCUCUUUCAUCUGCGCAGUGUUUGACAACUGGAGAGACUAUCUGCGCUGACGAUCCCAUGAUCGGUGUGAAUCGGCUGUGGACACAUCCUACUGCCAGAAAAAGGGGCAUUGCGAGUGAGAUUCUUGACGUCAUUAGGAACUGGUACUUCACAGGAGUGAUCGUACCACGGAACAGGAUCGCAUUCAGUGAUCCAACUGAUGUCGGGAAAAAGUUCGCAGAGCACUAUAUAAGGGCAGGAAAACAAAUGAACUGUUCAAUUCUCGUCUACCGAGUCAUGAAGUGA